AUGGUUGGAAUUAUCUCAAGAGAACUAGAACCUUCUGUCUGUUUGGUUCUAAAUAAACCAUCAUCAAAUUUGAAUCAAGAUCAUUCAUCAAGGCUCUCGUCGAACAGCAGAACCGUCCGUUUUCAAGCGGAUGAUUCGUCUAAUCAAACGGAGGGUCAGUGUGAUAAAUGUCAUAAAAAGUUUUUAAGCGGAAACGAUUUACAGCAACAUUUACGUGAGAUAUGCUAUCCUCAAGAAAUUCGUGUCCACAUUAACAAAUUAACACAACACCUUGAAGAUCCAACACAAAAAACACAGGUGCAAGAUAUUCUCUGGCGAAAUAAAGAUAUAUUUGAUCCAACGCCAUCCAUCGUUAAUAUCGAACCACAAUCAGCUAUUAAAACUGGUAAUCAUCCUCCAAUCUUUUGCCAAAUUGAAGAAUCAACAUCGCCGUGGUCUUCACCUGUCGUACUCGUGAAAAAGAAGGAUGGCACCAUUCGAUUCUGCAUUGAUUAUAGGACGCUGAACGAUGUUACGAUAAAAGACGUCUUUCCCCUGCCGAGAAUCGAUGAAAUCUUCGAUGAGCUGGCAGCCGCCGUAUUCUAUACAAAAUUUGAUUUCAAAGCAGGAUACUUUCAAAUACCACUGGCACGUCAAGAUCGAUCCAAAACGGCAUUUAGCACAAGAGAUAAUCAUUACCAGUUUACGGUGCUCCCUCAAGGAAUCAGCAACGGCCCGCCGACAUUUCAGCGCAUAAUCAAUCACAUAUUAGGACCAUCCCGUUGGCACUAUGCCCUCGCUUAUAUCGACGACAUCAUCAUUUAUUCAUCGACAUUUGAAGAACAUCUAAUUCAUCUUAACGAAAUUUGCAAGAAAUUAAAAGAUGCAAAAUUCAAACUAAAUCCCGAUAAAUGUACUAUAGCAAAAACUCAAAUUGAAUAUCUUGGACACUUAAUCGAACAGGGCAAAAUCCAUCCAAGCCCGAACAACAUUCGCGGCUUAAUCAAUACACGAAUCCCAAAAACACCGGCUGAAGCGUCCAGGUUUUUGAAAGCUGCCGAAUACUACAGAAAAUUUAUUCCGAAAUUCUCCAUCAUCACUGAACCUCUGCGUAAAUUCGUGCCACCAACCAAAACAGAAGCCAGAAAAUACCAGAAGCAACAAAUUACAUUGACAGCUGAAGAAGUACAAGCAUUCGAACAAUUGAAGCAAAUCUUGACAUCUGCUCUCGUUCUUCGUCUACCAAAUAAUAAAUAUGCGUUUAAGGUUCAAACAGACGCCUCCGAUCAAGGCAUUGGAUGUGUUUUAUUGCAAAAUUACCCUGAUGGAGAACACCCAUCUGGAUACAUUUCAAAGAAAUUUACUUCAUCACAGAAAAAAUGGUCACCAAUUGAGCAGGAAUGCUAUGCUCUUAUUUGUGCUCUUGAUAAAUGGCAUAUAUAUCUUAGUGG